CCCAGUGGGACCAGUAACGAAGGACAACGCAAAGGUCUUUGUCAUUCAACAGCUCUACGCCAACCUUGCAUCGUUGCUGAAAACGUUGCCGCGAGUCAAUAAUACAAUAUGGAGGGCCUUUUCUUCAACGCCAACAACGGCUACGUUGAAGGCAUCGUUCGCGGAUACCGCAACAGCUUGCUGACAACCCCUGCCUAUAACAAUUUGACCCAGUGCGAAACGAUCGAUGAUUUGAAGCUUCAGCUUGGCCCUGCCUAUGGUGACUUUCUGGCCUCACUGCCACCAAACCCCUCGACUUCGAGCCUCGCUUCCAAAACCACUGACAAGCUCAUCUCUGAGUUUCGCUAUGUGCGCGCCAAUGCCGUUGGCUCCCUUGCCAAGUUCAUGGACUACCUCACAUAUGGCUACAUGAUUGACAACGUCGCGCUACUUAUUACCGGCACUCUCCACGAGCGAGACACCAGAGAGCUUCUCGAAAGAUGCCAUCCCCUCGGCUGGUUCGAGACGAUGCCCGUGCUCUGCGUUGCCACCAAUAUCGAAGAACUUUACAACAGCGUUUUGAUCGAAACUCCCCUUGCCCCAUACUUCAAGGGCAGUCUCAGCCACCAGGAUCUCGACGAGCUGAACAUCGAGAUUGUCCGCAACACCCUAUAUAAGAACUACCUAGAAGACUUUUACAACUUUGUCAACACGCACCCUGACAUGGCUGGCACUCCCACAGCUGAAGUCAUGUCGGAGAUGCUUGAGUUUGAGGCGGACCGUCGCGCUAUCAACAUCACUCUCAACUCCUUUGGCACCGACUUGGCCAAGGCCGACCGCAACAAACUUUACCCCACCUUUGGAAAGCUCUACCCCGAAGGCACAUUGAUGUUGUCUCGUGCAGAUGAUGCUGAAGGUGUCCGUUUGGCUGUGGAUGGCAUUCAUGACUACAAGAGCUUCUUUGAUGCUGUCUCGGUUGGUGGCUCUUCAGGCCCUGGCAACAUGGGCGGCGGUGGCGGCGGCGAUGGCAAGAGCCUGGAAGACAUGUUUUAUCAAAAAGAGAUGGAGAUUUCAAAGAGCGCCUUCACCAGACAGUUCUCAUACGCCAUUGUAUAUGGCUGGGUCAAGCUGCGCGAACAGGAAAUCCGAAACAUUACAUGGAUUGCCGAGUGCAUAGCUCAAAACCAGAAAGAUCGUAUUGGCAACUUUAUUAGCGUGUUUUCAUAGCCUCAGAUUGCGACGGCACAAAUUGUAGUAUAGCAUUUUUUACUUUUAGACCGUAAUGGCUCGGAAUGGGUUACAGGAACACUCUCCUUUUUUACUUCCAGCUUACGAGGGGAAAGAUAAGCAGCGGGGGAUUGUGAAAUGAUCGCUCCGUUGUUGGUGAUAUUGUAUUGUACAUAGAGGAAUUAGCAGUAUUCUACAAGAUGCUUUUACAUGGAAAUUUGUCCCUUCCAUGUGGCUGGCGUCAAACCCAGCUUCUCAAUCAUGUUUGUCCAUCGCUCGCUUCCGCGCUCCUUGCGCUCCAUAUAUUUUAAUAAUCUUUGGCGCUUGUGCACCAGCACGCGAAGGUUGCGCUUGUUGUGCUUGUCCUUGUGGCCUCUGUUCAGCUCGAGGACGCCGGCAAGGUUUCUAAUCUUGGCAGUGAGAAUGCCGAUUUGGACCUCGGAGCUACCGGUAUCAGGACCGCCUCGCGGUACUUCGGCAGCUGUGCUAGGGUUUAUUGAGUCUGGCUUGGGUGCGAGGACGCCGUCGGUCUUGUGGCGGCCGAAUUCCUCGAUAAUGCGACGGACGUUGACGUGAUAUCGGUCCUUGGCGCUGCUGUUGCGCAGCGAGGUGAUGCGCUUCAAGGCCUCCAUGGCUCUGUCGUGCUUCUCCUGAUGUAAUGUAUCCAAUUCCUUCUCCUUUUGAGCCGGGUCCAUCUGCCAAUCGACGACGCCCGACACAGGCUUCGACAAGGCGAAUGCGCGCUCGCCGGCACGCUCCAGCUCCGCAUCAGUGAGGAAGAAGUUGCGAAGUCUAUUCUGUGCUUCUACUGGUUUGGAAGCAUCCAAGCCACCCUGUGCAACGAAUUCCUUGUUGGUAGCGGCGAGAGACUUGAUGAAAGGAGUAUCUUUGCCCCAGACGGCAUCACCCCAGCCGGCAUUACGCUCGGCCUCGAGCUCGCCUCGUCUCUUCAAGUUGACAUUCUUCCGUUGCUGAGCCUGUGCGUACUUGUAAGGAUCCUGCUUCGCCUUUCGUUUGCGCUCGCGUAGAGAGAGGUUGGCGGUUUGCGUGAUGGGGAGAAACUGGGGGAUCGCAGGUCGAGCGGCGGGCCGUAGACACACUGGGAAUAGACAACUGUUAGUCACUUUUUGAGGCCAAUUAACGGAUACAAGGCCAAUGCUUACGACUGGCAGUGCCCAAGCGCUGCAGAGCCUCUAAUCUGGGAGGCAUAACGGCGAUUUGAUGUGAUGAUGAGUCUUUGACCAAGAGCUCCCUGAGUGGUCACGUUCUGCGUGGCUCUCAAAAUUUCCCAAGCCUGCAGCCAGACCCGUCCUGUCCUGUCGCAA